AUGUGCGGUCGCUUUGCUUUGUUCCUAAUGUUCAUGGUGAUCAAAUCAAUAUAUAGUUACGAAAAAUUUACAUGUGAAGAAGACGGAAUGAUCAAGAAAAUAAGUUUAGCCUGUGACGGCGUAAAUCACUGUCUCCAUGGCAGCGAUGAGUCAUACAUGAAGUGCAAAGUGCGGGAUCAGGACACACCAGACACAUUUUUCUGCGCCUAUGGAGGUCGAAUUAAUCAAUAUAACGAUUGCAACCAAGUGGCUCAAUGUGCCGAUAAAUCUGAUGAAUCUGCCAGUCUAUGCGAGGACGAAAUCCAAUUUAAAAAAACAAAGAAGGGCAACUGUAAAGAAGGUGAAAUGGAAUGUCUGUCCGGGGAUUGCAUUCCAGAACAAAAAAUGUGCGAUGGGAGUAACGAUUGCAUCGAUGGCCGGGAUGAGUCAGUGGAUUUAUGUAUGAAACUUUAUAAAUCGGGUCAUUUUCAAUGCGCCAAUGGCAACCUCAUAGAGAAAAAUAAGACCUGCGACAAUACAUUCGAUUGCCCCGAUGGCUCCGAUGAGUUAUUAAACAUCUGUGAUGGCGAAAAGUAUUGGAUAAGGAACCCACCAAAGCUGUGUGUGGAACCAACAGUGGAAGGACUACGAUUUACAGGAGAAACAAAAUAUCAUUCGGCAAAUGGAACCCGAUUCGUUUAUGCCAAUCAGGCGGUUGUCCUUGAGUGCUUUGACCGCAACGCUAAAAUGUAUGGUAGUCAGUGGAACGUAUGCCUAUAUACGGGUGAAUGGAAAAACCGUCAGAUAGAAUGUCGAUCGAAGCCAAAAAACACCAAUCCCAACACGAAUGGGAUUAACGGAUGCCCCAUAGACACAUACAUCAAGGAUAUAUUGGAGAUCUAUAAGUGCGUGAAUAGAAAUUGCUCAACACGGGUGGAACCGCCUAUAAAUAAUAUGACAGUAAAGUUUGCAUGCGCAAAAUACUAUGAAUUGACACCACUUGACUUUGGCGAAAAGGAAUUGAAAUGUUCAAAUAAGCAAUGGGGUUCGAAUAAUGUUUACUUCAAGGACCCAGUCUGUAAAAAACCAUGUAAUCGGAAAAACUUAUACUGCAGAGAUUCAAUGCAUCCGAGGUGCACAUAUAAUGGUCAUCCGGACAAAAAUUGUCGUAGUCUGCUAUGGCCAGGCACCAAAGCGACAUUUUACUGCAAUUAUGGAUAUAAAGAAAACUUGAAUAUGUCUAAAUUGGAAUUAAAGUGUCUUGAGGAUGGGAAUUGGUCGAAUAACCCAGACAUGGAUAAGUUCUGUCAACUGGAUUGCGGAUAA